AUGGUGUCCGAAAGUUUCAUAAAGUCAUUCUUUAAAAUGAAAUUCAGUGUAAUUCUAAUUUGUUUGAUAAUUCCAUUGGUGUCCGGUGCGGUUAUAAAGAAAUGGCAUAAAAGUGAUGACGGCAGUUUGUAUUUUGUGGAGAAUGAACAAAAGUUUAAUUGGUUUGAGGCCUUACACGAAUGUGCCCGCAAAAAUAUGUCAUUGAUUGCCAUUGAUCGUUAUGACAGGCACUAUCAAAUCGAUACACUUAUACGAAAUUUAUUUCCCACAAGUCCACCAUUUUGGAUAGCCGGUCAUGACAAUGCUGUUGAUACACGCUAUGAAUGGGCAACAACCGGUGAAAUAUUUACUUUUACAAAUUGGGGCACCGGUCAACCGGGUCGUUCGAAUAAUAAUGAACAUUGUAUUUUGAUAUGGACAACAUGGGAUUGGCAUGAUUUACCAUGUACCUCAAAAUUGGGCUUUAUAUGUGAAGAAAAUCGUCUGCUGAAGACAAAAUCGAAAGACGAAGCCCAGGAAGAGUGA